AUGUCUCUCAGUAAGACCCUCGAGUUGGAGCAUUUCGACGAACGCGACAAGGUCCGCCGGGGCCGCUCGGCCCGGCCCAAGAGAGAUGACUCCACCGGCAGCGCUGGCGGCGGGUCGGGUCCGAGCUCUAGGGGCAGCAGCCUGGUUCCGAGUCCGGCUCACAGCGCCAACUGCAGCUACUACCGGACCCGUACCCUGCAGGCUCUCACCUCAGAGAAACGGGCCAAAAAGGUCCGGUUCUAUCGCAACGGGGACCGGUACUUUAAAGGCCUGGUGUACGCCGUCUCCAGCGACCGGUUCCGUUCGUACGACGCCCUGCUGAUGGAGCUGACCCGAUCGCUGGCCGACAACCUGCAUCUGCCGCAAGGCGUCAGAACCAUCUACAGCAUCGACGGCAGCAGGAGGAUCAGCAGCAUGGACGAGCUGGUGGAAGGUGAGUGCUACGUCUGUGCCUCCAGUGAACCGUACCGGAAGGUCGACUACACCAAGAUCAGCAUCCCCAGCUGGAAGCCCGGCGCCAGCAGCAGCACCGGCACCACCGGACCCACCCGGACCUCCACGGUGUCGGCGGGCGUGUCAACCAGCGCCGCCGCCUCCAAAGACCGAGCCGAGGCUCGAGAGGGCCGAGAGAGCAAAGACUUCAUCAAACCCAAGCUGGUGACGGUGAUCCGCAGCGGGGUGAAGCCUCGGAAGGCGGUCCGGAUCCUGCUGAACAAGAAGACGGCCCACUCCUUCGAACAAGUUCUGGCCGACAUCACCGAGGCCAUAAAGCUGGACUCUGGAGCCGUGAAGAGGCUCUACACGCUGGACGGCAAACAGCUGACCUGUCUGCAGGACUUCUUUGGGGACGACGAUGUGUUCAUGGCUUGUGGUCCAGAGAAGUUCCGAUACGCUCAGGACGACUUUGUUCUGACUCACAGCAGCAAAACACAAGCCUUCGUCAACGAGUGCAGAGUGAAGGCCACUCGCUCAGCUGCUCCUCACAAAACUCCCAAAACUCCGAGCGGCGCCGGACUGACCUGCAGAACCCCCCCCAGAGGCCCGACCAGGACCAAGUCACCGGGUCCAGCCAAUGAGGCGUCAGGAUCCCAGUCGGGGGGGAAGUCGUCCAGGUCCAGUCCAACUCCCAGCAGCCCCGGGUCACGGCGGAGCCUCAAGAUUUCUCCUCGUCGAGCUUCGUCCACGGACGUUAACGGAGACGCCGAGCAGCCGGACGACGACGUCGAAGUGAACGGAAACCGGUCCGUUUCCUCCUCCAUCAUCAACGACAAGUACAAAGUUGGAAAAGUGAUCGGAGACGGAAACUUCGCUGUGGUCAAGGAGUGCGUGGAGAGGUCGACGGGUCAGGAGUUCGCUCUGAAGAUCAUCGAUAAGGCUCGCUGCUGUGGGAAGGAACACCUGAUCGAGAACGAGGUGGCCGUGCUCAGGAGGGUCCGACAUCCCAGCAUCAUCCAGCUGAUCGAGGUGGACGAGACGCCCACGCAGCUCUUCCUGGUCAUGGAGCUGGUCAAGGGCGGCGACCUCUUCGACGCCAUCACCUCCUCCACCAAGUACAGCGAGAGAGACGCCAGCGCCAUGGUGUCCAACCUGGCCGGCGCCAUCAAGUACCUGCACCGCAUGAACAUCGUGCACCGGGACAUCAAGCCAGAGAACCUGCUGGUGUGUGAGUAUCCAGACGGCACCAAGUCUCUGAAGUUGGGGGACUUUGGUUUGGCGACGGUGGUAGAAGGUCCUCUGUACACAGUGUGUGGAACUCCAACAUACGUGGCCCCGGAGAUCAUCGCUGAGACCGGUUACGGUCUGAAGGUGGACAUCUGGGCGGCUGGAGUCAUCACAUACAUCCUGCUGUGUGGCUUUCCUCCGUUCAGAAGUGAGAACAACGUCCAGGAGGAGCUGUUUGAUCAGAUCCUCAGAGGGAAGCUGGAGUUUCCGUCUCCAGACUGGGACACCAUCAGCCUGCCAGCCAAGAUGCUCAUUAGUCAGAUGCUGCAGGUGAACGUAGACGCUCGAUUCACUGCUGAGGAGGUUUUGUCGCACCCGUGGGUGACGGAUGAGGCUCCUGCGGACUCAAACACUGUGAGCAGCACCGAGGACCAGACCAGCGCAGACGCACUGGAACCAGAGCAGGAAUCCCCCAUACUGGAAACCAAACAAGUUCCUUCUCCUCUGGUCUAG